UGAUGAAGACGUUAGUCUGCGGGUAUGACAGCGUCCUCAGGCGGUCGUACUCCUCCUGGCCCGCUGUAUCCCACAGGUUCAAGCUGAUGAUCCUGCUAUCCACCGUCACCUGAAUGCAUCACGAGCACCAAAGGUUGCCUCUGAGUUCACCACGUCUGCUAGACUACGUAUCCAAUGUUGAGUACAGAUUGUGACUGUGGAUGGGGCUAGAGGGCUGCGACAAAUUAUGCAUGUGGCGCAUGCAGCAGAGCGCAAAGAUCAGCAAACACAAUAACUGAUCCUCCACCCAAAUCUGCACUGAGGAAUCGAGUAUGAGCGACUGAUCAAAAGUCAUGGCGCGUGUGUGUUUGUGGCUGGUGUGUGUCCUGAGCGUCAGCGUAGACAAGGGGGAUCAUGCCCACCCGGACCACCAACAUCACCGUUACGACGUACCCUCAGAUCUGUGCGCAAUGGAUCAGCAGCUGUGUGAGGACGAGAAUGCCCUGUUGAGCUUCGAGGCCAUCUGCAGCAUCCACAAACAGAUGGACGACGACGCCGAUGGGACGGUGGACGCGGCCGAGACGGACGAGUUCCUGCGGGAGGAUCUCAAGUAUCACGACCCGAAAGCCAAGCACAGCAGCUUCCACCGCGCAGACCUGCACAUUAGCGUGGGGGACAUGUGGGACGCCUGGAAGAACUCAGAAGUGUAUAACUGGACAGGCGAUCAGGUGGAAGAGUGGCUUCUGCUGAGCGUGGAGCUUCCCCAAUACGCCGAAACCUUCCGGAAACACGGGCUGGACGGCAAGGCGUUACCAAGGCUAGCGGUGAAGAACACCACCCUCACCGGGUUGGUAUUGAAAAUUUUAGAGCGUAGUCAUGCUCAAAAGCUGCAGCUAAAGGCUCUGGAUACUGUGCUGUUUGGACCGCCGCCAGGUCGACAGAACCGGUGGAAGGACCUUGUUCUGGGCGUGUCCAUCCUCGCGGCUCUGGGCGGCUGCUGGUUUGCGUACGUCCAGACGAGGAGGUCCAGGGACGACCUGAACAGGCUGAUGAAGGACCUGGAGGGACUUCAGAGGGCCGAGCAGAGCCUGAUGGACAUGCAGGAGAAGCUGCAAAAGGCCCAGGAGGAUCAGCGCUGCGUCCAGGUGGAGAAGGUAAAGGUGGAGGAGGAGCUGAGGAACGAGAUCAACACGGCCAAGCAGGAAGCGCAGCGUCUCCGGGAGCUCCGCGAGGGGACCGAGAAUGAGAGGAGUCGCCAGAAGUAUGCAGAGGAGGAACUGGAGCAGGUGAGGAUGGCGCUGAAGAAGGCUGAGAGGGAGCUGGAAUCGCGGGCCCGCUGGUCGCCGCCGGACACGCUGCAGAUGUGGCUGCAGCUUACGCAUGAGAUAGAAGUUCAGUACUACAACAUCAAGAAGCAGAGCGCCGAGAGGCAGCUACUGCAAGCCAGAGAGGGGGCCGAGAAGAUCAAGAAGAAGAGAAGUUCACUAUUUGGGACAUUCCAUGUGGCUCACAGCUCCUCGUUAGAUGACGUGGACCACAAGAUCCUCUCUGCCAAACAGGCCCUGGCCGACGUGACGGGCGCUCUGCGAGAGAAGCUGCACCGCUGGCAGAAUAUCGAGUCCCUGACGGGUUUCUGUCUGGUCACCAACCCCGGCCUGGGUGCGCUGGCCGCCGCCCUCAAUUUGGACCCGUCCUUCCUGGGCCUGCGACCGGCGACACCGCAGCACCUCCUCCUGUCCGAUGACCUGGACGACAUGGACGAGGACAUCCUUUCACCCGGGACGCUUAAAUAUGCAGCCUGGCAGAUGGACCGACGAGUGAGCGACCUGUGGCCACUGAGCGGCAUCGCGGAUAACCAAUCCCCGUGGAAGCUCUCUGCUCAAAGUCUGAUGCCCCAGCAGCAAAGGAUGGGAGACUGCGCUAUGAUGUUCAGCUCUCAGAGGGACAUUUUGGAAUACUCUGACUCGGACCCCCCCCUCCCGGUCCCUCACAGUGACUCAAGAAGCCCGUACGGUUCCAAGACUCUUUUCUUACCCGCCAGGCUCCAGCAGACACCGAGCCCCAGAAUCAGAGGAGUCGGGGUAGGACCCUUAGAAAAGAGCUCAAGCCUCGGGGAGCUGAGGGGCACUCCCCCCGCCGCCCUCGCCCCCUCCUGUUCCACCCGCUCGCUGUGCAUCACGCCCGACGCCGCCGACAGUCCCCUUCUCUUUUCGACGGGUCACGCACACCCCAGGUGGAGUCCUGUGGAGGACGGGCGCGAGGAGGGCGACGUUUCGGGCGGCGGCCGUCGCAGGAACGCCUUUAAUAAAAUCUUCAAAAAGAAGAAAUGACAAUGCUGAAGAAAGACUAUACACAAACUCUCACUCUUUGAUAACCAGUGGCAAAACAAUAUCUUCUAAAACACACACAUACACAAAACACACAAAAAAAGUACACGUGUAGUCAGCCUGGUAAAAAGACCAGAGAUAACUGAUUCAGUUUUCACACUUUGGUGCUGACACUUGAAGGCAACAUGCAGAGGUACACACAGGCAUGCCUGCGCGCACACACACUCAUUCAUAAAUCUGGUUGUUUAUUAAAGUGUCAUGUCCAAGGCAGAAUGUGAAGUCAACUAUCUAUACUCUGAACAAAGUGAAAAGUAUAAUUAUGUAAAGAAAACUGCUUGUCAAGAAUAUUCAUUACUCACAUCUUAUGUGGAAGUUUCAAAAAGAGAAUAUUUAAAAUGUAUUAAUAAAUAACUGCAAUA